CCUGUCACAAACAGCCGAUUAUGAUGCCAGCCAAUCAAAGCGUAGCCACGAGCUGACAAGCGUGUUCCUUGGGUUGUUGCCAUUGGUGCAGCCGUUCGGACCAGGCGAACAACGUGGUGAGUUCGGACGUUGCAUUGGGCACAGCAUCAGAAGAGUCUUGUCCCUUGCUGCAAGUGCCAGUAGGAUACAUGGAUCUACCUUACCCUCGGUGCCCCUCUAUUUGGCCUUUUGCUUUCUUCCCAGUUGUCGCGUGCACCUCUCACAUUUGGAAAGAGUUGGAAACUUUGUACAGUACAUUCAGAGAUUGAGGUGUGGUAUAGUAAGAUGGACGGUCAGAGCAAAGUUCACGAUAAGAAAGUGCAAGAGCACGAGCAGGAUGUUGAACACCAACACGCAUACGGCGAAACGAGUAGCUUGGGUAAAGACGACAUCUUACAACUCGAGCACACUGAUCCUGUGCUGAAUACAAAAAUGCAUUUGGUCAACAAUGCGAUCGAUGAGAUCGGUUUUACGACGUAUCAAUGGAAGCUCUUUGUCUUGAAUGGUUUUGGCUACGCCGUUGAUUCCCUCAUCCUACUCAUUCAGUCCGUCAUCGCCGCGCAAGCCGCCCUUGAGUUUAACCCCUCCUACCGAAACGGCCUGACUAUCGCUGCUUACGUCGGAAUGCUCACGGGAGCCUUAUUCUGGGGUUUAUCGGCCGAUAUCAUCGGUCGAAAGACAGCGUUUAACGUCAGUUUGCUGAUUUGCUCGAUCUUCGCGAUUGUGGCUGGAGCAAGUCCAAAUUGGGAAGUCUUGGGCUUAUUCGUAUGUCUGAGUGCUUUUGGCGCUGGAGGGAAUCUGGUAUUGGACACGGCCGUGUUCUUGGAGUAUUUGCCUAGCUAUAGGCAGUGGAUGCUUACGCUCAUGGCAGCUUGGUGGGGUAUCGGUCAGCUCGUAGCUGGCUUUUUUGCCUGGGCUUUCCUUCCAAACUUCAGCUGCGCCGACCCAUCUCUCGAUCCCACGGCGGGCCCCUGUACAAAGUCCAACAACCAAGGUUGGCGCUACGUAUGGUACGCCUCUGGAUCCUUGGUUUUCGUGAUGUCCAUCCUCCGCAUCACCAUCAUCCGUCUAAAAGAGACCCCCAAAUUCCUCGUCAGCGAAGGUAGAGAUGCCGAGUGCGUCGAAACCCUCCACUUCAUUGCCACGAAAUACAACCGACCUUGUAGUCUCACCCUCGCCCAGAUGCAGGACUGCGGCACCGUAGACCGUAUCGCUGCACGUGGAAAUAAGAGUAAAUGGGGCUUGGGAGAGAUCAACAUGCACCUCCGCGGUCUGUUUUCCACGAAACGAAUAGGUAUCAGCACAUCGUUGAUCUGGCUGUCGUGGACGUUGAUUGGCCUCGCCUAUCCCCUUUACAAUGUCUUCCUCCCUGCCUACCUCUUCUCCCGCGGCGUCGCCUUCGGUGAACCAUCACCCUACAUCACUUGGCGCAACUACACCCUCGUGAACUUCAGCGGGAUUUGGGGACCUGUGCUAGCGGGUUACAUGUGUCAUACGCGCCUCGGUCGUAAGUAUACCAUGGUUAUUGGAGCAUUGGUCACCAUGGCUUUCUUCUUCGCGUACACGCAGGUCAGGACUGCUGUUCAGAAUGUGGUGUUUACAUGUAUCAUCAACUUCUGUUUAAAUGUCUACUAUGGCACGCUGUACGCUUAUACGCCGGAGGUGCUGCCGAGUGCGCACAGAGGUACCGGCAACGGAAUCGCGAUUGCCUGGAACAGGGUUAUGGGAAUUUUGAGUGCCGUUAUUGCGACGGUUGCUGAUACUGAAACCGCUGUUCCGAUCUAUAUCUGUGCUGCCCUGUACAUCUUCAUGGCAGGUAUUGCGGCGAUCUUUCCAUUCGAACCGUAUGGUAGGAGAAGUUCAUGAGGUCUGCAGUCAGGGUUCCAUUAACUCUGCUCUAAACAUGGAAUCUUGAUGCAGAGAUUUAGGUGGACUUUUUUCCAUAAGCGCUCUCGAUAUCCGCCUGGUUCUUAAUGUAAUCAUGCAGGCGCAGCAAGUAGGUCCAAAUCCACCGCCACC